AUGGACCCAACAGUCAAAUAUCUGCUAUCACUGGGGGCCAUCAGAGACCGCGCCAAGGUAGUCGGACAAGCAGCGAGAGAUGGAAACCUCAACCACUUCGAUGUCCAUGAAGACAAACUGGACGAUGUUGCGGACUUCGUGACUUCUGUCAUCAAGCGUGACUACGGCCCAGACAAGUUCGACACUAUUCCACCUCACGGCCGCUGGCAGCACUUCGAGGUAGGUGGUGUGCCUCGAAUUGCCGACUUGCUUGAGAAUUGGAAGAAGGCUGGAUGCGAUGACAAAGAGCUUACACGUCGACUGAUUGACCUCUUCUUUGUAUCGGUGCUCCUGGAUGCUGGCGCAGGUGAUCACUGGAAGUAUGUCGAGCCUGGAACAGAACGAUCGUACGAGCGAAGUGAGGGUAUUGCUGUCGCCAGUCUGUAUAUGUUUCUUGAAGGUGGAUACACUGCCGUGGAAACCGGUACUCCACUUGUAGACGGCAAGGGACUCGCCCAACUUACGACUGGGGCUCUCGCCAAAGGUCUUCAGGUGACAGAAAGCAACCCUAUGUUGGGAGUCGAAUCGAGAGCAAACCUACUCAGAGGGCUAGGACAAUCGCUUCUCGUCCACCCUGACAUCUUCGGUGAAGCAGGCCGCCCAGGAAACGCCGUUGACUAUCUGUUAAAGUCCGCUAGUGACUCCUCAACACUCGACAUCCUCACCUUCUGGAAUCUUCUGCAAACACUGCUCAUUCCAAUCUGGCCGCAAGACCGCACAACGAUCAAUGGCUCUCCCAUCGGUGACGCCUGGCCGCUGGGCGCACUGGCAAAACAAGCAGGUUCCUCGAACGAAGACAAAAGCAAACCGGAAUUUAUCCAGCCUUUCCACAAGCUGACACAAUGGCUCACCUACUCGCUGAUGGUCCCGUUCCAGCGUAUCCUGGGCAUCAAAUGGAUCAAUGCAGAGUCGCUCACUGCUCUACCCGAGUAUCGAAAUGGCGGUCUGUUCGUGGACAUGGGCGUUCUUUCACUCAAGAAAGCCACGCUCGACGCCGGUUUGAAAGCAUCUGAAGAAGCCUUUCCACAGUUUGCAGCCGGCGACGACGUAAUCGUCGAGUGGCGAGCCAUGACCCUGGUAUUGAUUGACAAGCUUUACCCCAUGAUCUUGGCUCGGAUGGAUGGUGCAUAUCUCAGUAUGGCACAACUGCUGGAGGCUGGAACGUGGAAGUCUGGGAGGGAGACGGCGGCGAAGCUAAGACCGAAGACGAAGUCGAGUCCAAUUAUCAUUCAGAGCGAUGGCACUGUGUUCUAA